UCUGCAACACACGCGUGAAAAAGAGAAGGUAAACAGCUCAUUGGAAGACACAGCUCAGGCGAAUGGUGCUAUGUCGUCCAAGGUUAUCAAAGUGGUGGCUGUCCCAGUAGUUCUGGGCUUUGCCUCGAUCCGGGUUUAUGCCAUGAAAGAAGCAAAAACGGAAUGUCUGCUCUCUCCUCAAGAGCUCUCAAUCUACCCUGUUGAGCCACAAGAAAGGCUUUACUAUGUGGAGGAAGAGCCAGGAGCUCUACAGAGUGGUCUUGGAAAAGUCAGGGGAAGUCUGCAGUCCUAUAUGCAGAAUAUAAAAAGCGUUUUUGUGUCAGCUAAAGUAACAGGUGUGAACCUCUACCACGGAGGCGAAGAUAUCUACCACUUCCUUAAAGAUCCUCCCUCAGGAUUCAUCCCCAGAGUUGCUGUGAUCACUUUGUCUGGCCUGGCUGGUAUGAUUCUUGCAAGAAAAGGGUCACGUCUAAAGAGACUGGUGUUUCCCUUCAGUUUGGCCACGGCAGGGUUUGCUGUCUGUUACCCUAUACAGACCAUAUCCAUCCUGAAGGUGAGUGGAAAGAAGAUUUAUGCAGCUUCUCAUUGGACAAGCUCAACUGUGGCUUCACUCUGGAAAUCACCUGCAGCUGUGCCAGUCAGUUCAGAGUCGGCACCAUCACCUGAAACUGUGGCCAAGGCUUCAACAGCACUGGAAGAAGUUGAGGCUUCAGGAACAGAAGAGGGUUCCCAAGAGUUUCCUCCCCCAACUAAGCCCAGCAUGACUCCCAUGCCUGAAGCACAGGCUACCCUCGUCCCACUUUCAGUCCCUAUUCUCGCACAAGCCUCUGAGACAGAACACAUUGUUCCCUCUGCAGAGGAUGAACUCAUAUUGGUGACUGAUGAAGAAAAGAUCUCUUCCUUAUCAUCUUCCCAAACUGAUGAGAGCAAACCAGAGAUGUCAUCUGUACAAACCUCAAUAGAGAGCAAAGCUUCCACAGAGAAGAAGAUCCCCGGAGUAGAUCUUAAGCUGAUGGACUUUGGACAGUCUAACCCAGAGGACGCUGACCUUUAUAGCACACGCAGCUGAAAAGAGCGAGAGCAAAGGAAAGAUGACGUGUAUCCAUUCGCUCGUCACGCAGACAGGCUUUAGAUACUUGAUAGGGAAGUAAUUUAUUGAAGACUCAAAUGGCUGAAAUAACAAGCAGUACUGAUAUUCGAGGAUUUGGAUGACAAUCUGUUGCUGAAGACAUUGUCAUCUGUUAGAAUGACAUGCAUCCAGAAGUUGACUAGAUGAUUUUUAAUUGUUGAAAUUGCACUAAAUUUGACAAAUAUUAUUUUAUAUGUUGCAAUGAAGUACUUACUGGUGUACAAUUCUGUGAGUGAUCUUGUGUUACUGUUGUUGAAAUCCCAAUGAUGUGUCCACUUUGUUUCCAAAGAGGCACAAGUUAGGUUUGCACCUGUGAAGUUUUUUUAUUCUGCCACUGAAAAAGAAUUGUGCCAAAACAUUUGGGUUUGCCUUGUGGAGGGGAUGCCAGCUCUCUCGAAUGGUACCCCUGAACAUGUAUAUACAGUAAAUAAAACAUAUCACAGUA